UGUGUGAGGUGUCCUGGGUGCAGGGGGCAGGCAGAGAUGGCCCAGGGCUGCUCGUUCGGAGGCAGGUUCUAUGCCCUGGAAGACACCUGGCACCCGGAUCUGGGCGAGCCCUUUGGGGUGAUGCACUGUGUGGUCUGCUACUGUGAGCCGCAGAGGAAUCGCCGAGGGAAACCAACGGGCAAAGUCAGCUGCAAGAACAUUAAACACGACUGUCCCACCCUGCCUUGCAGCGAGCCUGUCCUGCUGCCGGGACACUGCUGCAAGACCUGCCCAAAGGCUCCUCCCAGCCUCCCGGAGAAGCGUCCGGAGCCCAUCUUCGACAGCUUCGAGUAUUUCCAGGACAAGGAGGACGACUUGCAUAAGAGCUACAAUGACCGCUCCUACCUGAGCUCGGAGGACCUGGCCCGGGACGACAGCCGCACAGGUAGCUUUCUGCCGGACCGCGGUGCCCUUGUGGAGGAGAUCUGCGGCAUGUGGCGGAACCUGCACAAACCUUCCAUCCGGCUGCUGAAGGCUGAGCAGCUCCGCAUCUCCCUGGCCACCAAGUCACAGCCUGCCGGGGAGAUCCAAGGCCAGAUCGUCAAGCACCGGGCCCUCUUCGCAGAGACCUUCAGCGCCAUCCUGACCUCCGUGGACCCGACCCACCUGGGCACGGGGGGCAUCGCCAUGCUGACCCUGAGUGACACCGAGAACAAGCUGCACUUCAUCCUCAUGGCCAAGGGGCUGCUGGAGCCCGCAGAGAAAGCCAUCCAGAGCGUGCUGUGCGGAGGAGACGCCCUGACGCCAACCAAGACGGGGGCAGUGGGGUCUGCCAAGCUGACGCUCCACAAGAACGGGACGCUGGAGUACCAGGUAGGGAGGGCUGUGCUGGGGCAAGCCAUCCAGAGCGUGCUGUGCGGAGGAGACGCCCUGACGCCAACCAAGACGGGGGCAGUGGGGUCUGCCAAGCUGACGCUCCACAAGAACGGGACGCUGGAGUACCAGGUCCAGGUAGCAGGGACAGCGAGCGAGGUCCUCAGCGUCACCCUGGAGACCAAGCCGCGGAGGAAGAACAAACGCAACAUCCUGCUGGACAUGACGCCCAGCUACAGGGAGGGGCUGGCCAGCGGGAUCUGGCAGCACAUGAAUGCCCGGGACACCCACAUGUUACUGCAGAGCGAGCUCUUCCUCAAUGUGGCCACCAAGGACUUUGAGGAGGGGGAAGUGCGGGGACAGAUCCGCUCCCUGCUGUACAGCGGCCUCCUGGCACGAUAUACAGAGCUGCCCGUGCCCCUGGCUGGCCAGCUGGUGUCUCCCCCUGUGCGGACCAGCUCGGCAGGACACGCCUGGGUCUCCCUGGACGAGCACUGCCACCUGCACUAUGAGAUCGUGGUGGGCGGGCUCGGCAAGGUGGACGACGUCGCCAUCAGCGCCCACCUGCACGGCGUGGCCGAGCUGGGCGAGCGCAGCCACGAGCACACCCGGCUCCUCAAGGGCUUCUACGGCACCGAGGUGAAGGGCCCAGGGGGCAGUGGCCUGGCCAUUCUUAUGUCCUUGCUGGGCCGGGCCCUGGCCCUCCUACAGCCCGGCCCCUUACCUGCUGGUGCUCUCUCCCCACCCCAGGUUCACAUUCCCAACCAGUGCGAGUCGGGGGGCGUGCGGCUGGCCCCUGAAGAGGACGAACUCCUGGAGGAGCCCAAGGCCAAGGACCCGGCCCUGCUGAAGAAGGACCCUAACUCCUGCUUCUUUGAGGGGCAGCACCGCGCCCACGGCUCUCGCUGGGCCCCUGCCUACGACAGGAAGUGCUCCCUCUGCAGCUGCCAGAAGCGCACGGUGAUCUGUGACCCCAUCCUCUGCCAGCCCCUGAACUGCACCCAGCAGGUUCACCUGGAGGACCGGUGCUGCCCGGUCUGUGAAGGCUGCUACUUUGACGGCGACAAGACGUGGCGAGGAGCCGGCACCCGGUGGCACCCCGUGGUGCCCCCCUUUGGCCUGAUCAAAUGUGCCAUCUGCACCUGCAAGGGCGCGACGGGGGAAGUGCACUGUGAGAAGGUGCAGUGCCCACGCCUGACCUGCAGCAACCCCGUCCGAGUCAGCCCGUCCGACUGCUGCAAGCAGUGCCCAGCUCCGGAGAAGAGCCCCCCAGAGCUGUCGGACAUGAUGCAGGCGGAUGGCCCCCGGCCCUGCCGCUUCGGGCGCCAGUGGUACAUGAACAACGAGAGCUGGCACCCCACGGUGCCCCCCUUCGGGGAGAUGAAGUGCAUCACCUGCUGGUGUGUGUCCGGGGAGACCCAUUGCCAGCGCCAGGAAUUCCCCCCUGCUUCCUGCUCCAGCAGUGCCAAGUAAGAGACGGGCUGCUGCGCCCGGUGC